ACUGGAACAUCAGAGGCAUUGCUUUUUCACAGUGCACUCGGACACUUCCUGACUCCAGCGGGAGGUAGCUUGUGUGUGGAUGAACAACCUUCCUAGAACCUGCUAGAAUCCAGGGACCGUACAUGGGCCUACACGGACUCUAGACUGAGUGACUGCCCAGCCGCAGUGUCCCGGCAGCGUGUGGCGGCUGCGGUGCAGGGCAGCUCCCGGGCGUGCUGAAGGACGAUGGCUUUCGGGACGCAGCUGGGAUUGCUGCUGUGGAAAAACUUCACGUACCGGAGAAGACAGACGCUGCAGCUGUUGAUUGAGGUGGCCUGGCCUCUCUUCAUCUUCUUUAUAUUGAUCUCGGUGCGCCUGUCGUAUCCGCCCUACGAACAACACGAAUGUCACUUUCCAAACAAGGCCAUGCCUUCGGCGGGAACCUUGCCCUGGGUCCAAGGGAUCAUCUGUAAUGCCAACAACCCCUGCUUCCGCUACCCAACACCCGGGGAAUCCCCCGGGGUCGUCGGAAACUUCAACAGGUCCAUCAUUUCCCGCUUGUUCUCGGAUGCCAAGAGGUUGCUCUUGUACGGCCAGAAGGACAGCAGCAUAAAGGACGCACAGAAAUUCCUGGGAAAACUGCAGCAGCUCGGGGACGCCGGCUCAGGUUUGAAACUUCGGGAUUUCCUGGUUGACAACGAGACCUUCUCAGAGUUUCUCCACCAAAAUGUUUCCGUGCCAUUGUUUGCUGUGGAUGAGAUACUGAAUGCAGAGGUCAACCUCCAGCAGGUCGUCCUGUCCGGCUACCGCAUGCAGCUGAAAGAUCUGUGCAAUGCAUCGAAGCUGUCGGACUUUGUCACAAUCCACAACCCGAUCGUGGCGGUGGUCAGCGAAGCCUUCCUCUGCACCAUGGCUCAGGAGACGCUCCACGCUGCAGAGCAGUCCUUCCGGGCUAAUCUAGACCUUUUGAAGCCCGUAAUGAAAGAAAUCACCUCCUCAGGAGCCAUGGAGACCUUAGUGGAGAGCCUGGGGAAGCUCAUGAAAGAGCUGGCCAGCAUGAAAAGCUGGAGCGACAUGCGGCAGGAGGUGAUGUUUCUGACCAAUGUGAAUGCCACAAGCUCCUCUACCCAGAUCUACCAAGCGGUAUCGCGCAUUGUGUGUGGCCAUCCGGAAGGAGGAGGGCUGAAAAUCAAAUCUCUCAACUGGUAUGAGGACAACAACUACAAAGCCCUGUUCGGAGGCAACAGCACCGAGGAGGAUGCAGCUAAUUUCUAUGACAAUUCUACAAGUAAGUGUUUGGGAAUAACCCUUCCCCUUUGCCGGCAGGUGAACAGGACUUUCCAGGAGCUGGGUGUGUUCCGGGAUCUAGGAGGGAUGUGGCAGGAGAUCAGCCCGAAGAUUUGGACGUUCAUGGAAAGCAGUGCAGAGAUGGACCUGAUCCGGUCGUUGCUGAAGAGCAAAGACCUCUGGGACGCUCACUUGAGCGGCUCCAACUGGACGGUUCAAGAUGUGUCCCUGUUCCUGGCAAAGUCCCCGGAGGACGUUCAAUCCGUGAACGGCUCCGCGUACACCUGGAAGGAUGCCUUCAAUGAGACCGACCAAGCUGUGCUAACCAUCUCCCGCUUCAUGGAGGUGAGCCUACGCGCAGGCGGCCGGGCCACAGAGGUGCGGCUCAUCAACAGGUCCAUGGAGCUGCUGGACGAGAGGAAGUUCUGGGCCGGCAUCGUCUUCCCUGACAUCGGCCCGAGCAGCGCGGGGCUGCCGCCUCACAUCAGGUACAAGCUGCGGAUGGACAUCGACAACGUGGAAAGGACAAACAAGAUUAAGGACGGGUACUGGGACCCGGGGCCUCGUGCCGACCCCUUUGAAGACAUGCGGUACGUCUGGGGCGGCUUCGCGUACCUGCAGGACGUGGUGGAGCAGGCAAUCAUCAGGGCGCUGACGGGCGCGGAGAAGAAGACCGGCGUCUACGUGCAGCAGAUGCCCUACCCCUGCUACGUGGAUGACGUAUUCCUGCGGGUCAUGAGCCGCUCCAUGCCCCUCUUCAUGACUCUGGCGUGGAUCUACUCGGUGGCGGUGAUCAUCAAGGGCAUCGUGUACGAGAAGGAAGCCCGGCUGAAGGAGACCAUGCGCAUCAUGGGCCUGGACAACGGCAUCCUCUGGUUCAGCUGGUUCAUCAGCAGCCUCAUCCCCCUCCUCAUGAGCGCUGGGCUUCUGGUGCUGAUCCUGAAGGUGGGGAACCUGCUGCCCUACAGCGACCCCAGCGUGGUGUUUGUCUUCCUCUCUGUCUUCGCCGUGGUGACCAUCUCCCAGUGCUUCCUCAUCAGCACCAUGUUCUCCAGGGCCAACCUGGCGACAGCCUGUGGGGGCAUCAUUUACUUCACCCUCUACCUGCCCUACGUGCUGUGCGUCGCCUGGCAGGACUACGUGGGCUUCUCGCUCAAAAUGUUCGCGAGCCUGCUGUCCCCGGUCGCCUUUGGGUUUGGCUGCGAGUACUUUGCCUUGUUUGAGGAGCAGGGGAUCGGCGUGCAGUGGGACAACCUCUUCGAAAGCCCCCUGGAAGAAGAUGGCUUUAAUCUGACCACGUCGGCCAUCAUGAUGCUGUUCGAUACCUUCCUCUACGGGGUGAUGACCUGGUACUUUGAGUCUGUCUUCCCAGGCCAGUAUGGAAUUCCCAGGCCCUGGUACUUCCCCUUCACGAAGUCCUAUUGGUGCGGGGAGGAGUCUGAGGAGAGGAGGCACACUCGCCCGGAGCACAAAGGGCCCUCGGAGAACUGCAUGGAGGAGGAACCCUCGCACCUUAGCCUGGGGGUCUCCAUUCAGAACCUGGUGAAGAUUUAUCGUGAUGGCAAGAAGGUGGCUGUGGACGGGCUGACACUGAAUUUCUAUGAGGGGCAGAUCACCUCCUUUCUGGGACACAAUGGAGCUGGGAAGACCACCACUAUGUCCAUCUUAACGGGCUUAUUUCCUCCGACCUCGGGCACGGCCUUCAUCCUGGGCAGAGAUAUCCGCUCCGAGCUCAGCACCAUCCGGCAGAACUUGGGCGUCUGUCCCCAGCACAAUGUCCUCUUUGACAUGCUGACUGUGGAAGAACACAUCUGGUUCUACGCUCGCCUGAAAGGGCUGUCAGAAAAAAAGGUGAAAGAGGAGAUGCAGCAGAUGGUGACGGAUGUUGGCCUGCCUCACAAACUCAAAGCGAGAACCAGCAAACUCUCGGGUGGCAUGCAGAGGAAGCUGUCGGUGGCCUUGGCCUUCGUGGGGGGAUCAAAGGUGGUCAUUCUGGACGAGCCAACAGCAGGGGUGGAUCCUUACUCUCGCCGAGGGAUCUGGGAGCUGCUUCUGAAGUAUCGCCAAGGCCGCACCAUCAUUCUGUCCACGCACCACAUGGACGAGGCCGACAUCCUGGGGGACAGGAUCGCCAUCAUCUCUCACGGCAAGCUGUGCUGCGUUGGCUCUUCCCUCUUCCUGAAGAACCAGCUGGGAACAGGCUAUUACCUGACCCUGGUCAAGAAGGACGUGGACUCGUCGCUGAGCUCCUGCCGGAACAGCAGCAGCACGGUGUCGUACCUGAAAAAGGACGACAGUGUCUCCCAGAGCAGUUCAGAUGCGGGACUUGGCAGUGACCAUGAAAGUGACACCCUGACGAUAGACGUCUCUGUUAUCUCCAACCUCAUUAUGAAGCACGUUCCUGAGGCGAGGCUGGUAGAGGACAUUGGCCAUGAGCUAACCUACGUCUUGCCGUACGAAGCUGCCAGAGAAGGCGCGUUUGUGGAGCUGUUCCAUGAAAUCGAUGACCGUCUCUCCGACCUGGGCAUUUCCAGUUACGGCAUCUCGGAGACGACGCUGGAGGAGAUCUUUCUCAAAGUGGCUGAAGAUAAUGGGGUGGAUGCAGAGACCUCAGAUGGCACCUUACCUGCAAGAAGGAACAGGCGUGUUUUUGGAGACCGACAGAGCUGCCUGCAUCCAUUCACUGAAGACGAUGCUUUUGACCCCAAUGAUUCUGACAUAGACCCAGAAUCCAGAGAGACAGACCUGCUGAGUGGGAUGGAUGGGAAAGGCUCCUACCAGAUGAAGGGCUGGAAGCUCACCCAGCAGCAGUUCGUAGCUCUGCUGUGGAAGAGGCUGCUUGUUGCCAAACGUAGCAGGAAGGGUUUCUUUGCCCAGAUCGUGCUGCCAGCCGUGUUUGUGUGCAUUGCUCUCAUGUUCAGCCUGAUUGUGCCCCCCUUUGGGAAAUACCCCAGCCUGGAACUGCAGCCCUGGAUGUACGAUGAGCAGUACACUUUUAUCAGCAAUGACGCACCGGACGAUGCUGGCACCCAGAAGCUCCUGAACAGUCUUCUCAAUGAGCCCGGCUUUGGGACCCGCUGCAUGGAAGGACACUCCAUUCCAGACACCCCUUGCCUGGUCGGAGAGGAUCGGUGGACCACUGCCCCUGUCCCUGACACGGUCCUGGACAUCUUCCUCAAUGGCAACUGGACCAUGGAGAACCCCUCCCCGGCCUGCGAAUGCAGCAAUGAGAAGAUCAAGAAAAUGCUGCCUGUGUGCCCUCCGGGGGCAGGGGGGCUUCCUCCUCCGCAGAGAGAACAGAGAACGGGGGACACGCUGCAGAACCUGACGGGCCGGAACAUCUCCGACUAUCUGGUGAAGACCUACGCGCAGAUCAUCGGGAAAAGUUUAAGGAACAAGAUCUGGGUGAAUGAGUUCAGGUAUGGUGGCUUUUCAGUGGGCGCCAGCAGCUCCCUCCUCCUUCCGCCCAGCGAUGAAGUCAGCGAUGCCAUCAAGCAAAUGAAAAAAAUCUUGGAGCUAGCCAAGGGGAGCUCCGGAGACCAGUUUCUUAACAGCCUGGAAAGCUUCAUGAAAGGGAUGGACACGAAAAACAACGUGAAGGUGUGGUUCAAUAACAAAGGCUGGCAUGCCAUUGGCGCCUUCCUGAACGUGAUGAACAAUGCCAUCCUCCGGGCCAGCCUUCCGGACGGCGAGAAUUCCAGCGCCUACGGGAUCACCGCGUUCAAUCACCCGCUCAACCUCACCAAGCAGCAGCUCUCCGAGGUUGCCUUGAUGACCACGUCGGUGGACGUCUUAGUCUCCAUCUGUGUGAUCUUCGCCAUGUCCUUCGUCCCAGCCAGCUUUGUGGUCUUCUUGAUCCAGGAGCGGGUCAGCAAGGCCAAGCACCUACAGUUCAUCAGCGGUGUGAAGCCUGUGAUCUACUGGCUGGCUAACUUUGUCUGGGACAUGUGCAACUACGUCGUUCCAGCCACCUUGGUCAUCAUCAUCUUCAUCUGCUUCCAGCAGAAGUCCUAUGUGUCCUCUUCCAACCUGCCUGCGCUGGCCCUCCUUCUCCUCCUCUACGGGUGGUCCAUAACACCGCUCAUGUACCCAGCUUCCUUUGUGUUCAAGAUCCCCAGCACGGCCUACGUGGUGCUGACCAGCGUCAACCUCUUCAUUGGCAUCAACGGCAGUGUGGCCACUUUCGUUCUCGAGCUCUUCACCAACAACAAGCUGAACAACAUCAACGACAUCCUAAAGUCGGUGUUCCUCAUCUUCCCCCACUUCUGCCUGGGGCGGGGACUGAUCGACAUGGUGAAGAAUCAGGCAAUGGCCGACGCUUUGGAAAGGUUUGGUGAGAACCGUUUUGUGUCCCCUCUCUCCUGGGACCUGGUGGGACGGAACCUCUUUGCCAUGGCUGUGGAAGGCGUCGUCUUCUUCCUGAUCACAGUGCUCAUCCAGUACAGGUUCUUCAUCAAACCGAGGCCCGUCAGUGCCAAACUGCCUCCUGUGAAUGAUGAGGACGAGGACGUGACCAGGGAGAGGCAGAGGAUAAUUAGCGGCGGCGGGCAGAGCGACAUCCUAGAAAUCAAAGAGCUGACAAAGAUUUACAGAAUGAAGAGGAAACCAGCUGUUGACCGGAUCUGUGUUGGAAUCCCUCCCGGGGAGUGCUUUGGACUCCUGGGAGUGAAUGGUGCUGGCAAGUCAUCAACUUUCAAGAUGCUAACUGGAGACACCGACGUGACCGGAGGAGAAGCUUUUCUAAAGGGCAACAGUAUCUUGUCUAACAUCCAAGGAGUCCAUCAGAACAUGGGCUAUUGCCCUCAGUUUGAUGCCAUUAAUGAGCUGCUGACCGGGAGGGAGCAUCUGGAGUUCUACGCACUUUUACGAGGUGUUCCGGAGAGAGAAGUCUGCAAGGUUGGCGACUGGGGGAUUCGGAAACUAGGACUUGUGAAAUACGGAGAAAAAUAUGCUGGAAACUACAGUGGAGGAAACAGACGCAAGCUCUCCACUGCUAUUGCCUUGAUUGGGGGCCCUCCAGUGCUGUUCUUAGAUGAGCCAACCACGGGAAUGGAUCCCAAAGCCCGCCGCUUCUUGUGGAACUGUGCUCUGAGCAUCAUCAAGGAGGGGAGAUCGGUAGUGCUUACAUCUCACAGCAUGGAAGAAUGUGAAGCCCUGUGUACUCGAAUGGCAAUCAUGGUCAAUGGGAGGUUCAGGUGUCUUGGCAGCGUCCAGCAUCUGAAGAACAGGUUUGGAGAUGGCUAUACGAUAGUGGUGCGAAUAGCGGGCGCAAACCCCAACCUGAAGCCCGUGCAGGAAUUCUUUGGGCUUGCCUUUCCUGGCAGCGUCCUGAAGGAGAAGCAUCGGAACAUGCUUCAGUACCAGCUCCCAUCCUCGCCAUCCUCACUGGCUAGGAUAUUUAGCAUCCUCUCCCAGAACAAAAAAAGACUCCACAUAGAAGACUACUCCGUUUCUCAAACUACACUUGACCAAGUAUUUGUAAACUUUGCCAAGGACCAAAGUGACGAUGACCACACGAAGGACAUGUCAUUGCACAAAAACCAGACUGUUGUGGACAUUGCCAUCCUUACUUCUUUUCUGCGAGACGAGAAGGCAAAAGAAAGUUGUGUGUGAGCUACCUGAGGCAAGGAUGUGGUGUUCAGCCGAAGGACGAGACAGCGCACCUUCUUUUGCAUGGAAUGGAAUAGUCCCAAAGGGGAAAGCUAGAGGAUACAGAGGGAAAGACGUAAACUGGACACUCUACUGAUAACCAUUCAAUGCAAUGCAAUUCAAUGCAAUGAAAACAAAAUUCCAUUACGGAGGCAGUGCCUCUUGGAGUCGUUGCCUUGUUGUACUGUUCUUAAGUGAAUGACUUGAAUGUAGUUCAUUACAGUAUAACUCUGUGAAACGGUCAUAUGAAACCCACGGGAUACUGUGGGCUUUCAGCCAUACUGUAUUUUGUUCCGACAGUAUAUUUUUCCUAGGGGUGCAACAAUCGUUCAUUGAAGAAUCAUGGCCAGUGAUUAUUUAUUGAUAUUUUAAAUGUGUGCACGUUUGUACUCUUAAAUUUUUUUCAUAGCGGGAGUGGGAUUUCCCUGGUGCUACAUCCAUUGCUGGCAAUGAAUGCACCGAAACAGUCAGUGCCAACUAGUUACCAAAAGGCAGUGUCAUGGGAGGGCGGGGGGGAGGGACUCACCUGGCCAGCUAUUCCGUAAAAGCCUUUUUAGACUGGUGGAGGUCAAUUGGUAAAAACCGUAAACCACGAAGCAUACAGGCUAUAGAUGGCAUCCACAGAUUUGAUGGCCUGUCUCCUCAUCUGCUGCUGUGGUGACAAUGUGCAUAGUUGUGAACCUUGCAAUUGCAUGGACCUGUGCCACUAGCUUUGUGACCAAUCACUUGCUCCCUAACUAGCCCAUUGUGUAGUUCAAUGCUUGACUGCUCCUCUUGAGGUACCACAGUAAGGGCCACUUGGAAGGCUGCACGAAGACCUAGCAGAGAGCAGUGGAUGAGAAGCAAAACGAAUGAUCAGACCGCAGCAGCUUACUCAUUGGUUUGAUAUGCUGCUGCCACCAAGAGUAAAUGAUAAAAUACAAGACAAGUCAUCCUGCGAUGCAGCAUCACUCUUGAACUCCAGUUUGGCAGCAGAAAGGUAAUCACCGUCUGAAAUUCGUUAUUGCUUAGCUCAAAUGUGGUGUAAUUUGUGGCGUUGUCACCUAAACUCAAAACCUGAAGCGAUGUAGAUUGCUUUUCCAACAGUAUUAUUUAUAUGUCUUUAAAUAGGCAGCCUAAUUAGGGUUUGAAACUGCUUUGAGUAGGCUUUUUUAGCCAUAGCGUAGUUUAUUACAUUAUGCCUGCAUUGUCAUGCUCUAUUUUCAGUGAUAAUUUUGUUAUAGGCAUAUCUGUGCAAAUUCUACAUUGUGUUCUAGCAAGUACCACGAUCCCGGCUUCAGCUAUGAAAGUUCACCUGAAGCUCUCCUAUAUGGCAACUGAGAGAGAGUUAGAUUAAUGUAAUGUGGUUUCAAUUAUUAAUUGAACCCUAACUGCAGAAUAUAUGUUUGUUCAUGUGGGAAACCACGUCAUUCAAGUUCCCCUGGGACAAGCAGGCACGUAAGCCCCAAUGCCACAGUAACAACAAUUGGUAAUCUGAAUUUCAAAACUUUACAAGAAAAAAUAUUUAGGAUGGUGAGAACUACUGACACCCACUCUGGUCUGGCUCUGCCCCGGGAGCACACCCGCACUGUGUUCCUUGGGCUGGUGCUUCUACACGGACACCCAACAAUGUCCGGAGGCAUUUUAUUGCAGGCUUAACUCUAGCCACCUAAGCAACCCUAGUGACUUCAACAGGGCUGCUCAGGCAUAGUGUCCCUGACUGAACUUGAGCCUCUAGAAGUUGUUUAUUGCCUUUUGAUGCUCCCCAGCAUGACCUGAUAUUUAUUUGUUGGUAAAUGCCCUCUAGUCUUAUGCUAAUAAAUUUGGAAAGUGCCAUGAACUUUAUCGUUUUAGCAGCAUUGGGCAAUGUGAUUAUUAUAGUUCCAGGCAUCAUUGGUAGCACUGAUUAAUAAAAUGCCAAAUUGAAUGAAACACUUAACCCUUUGCACAGUCUACCAGUCCUCACUGUAUUCCUGUUGGGAUAAAGCAAACUAAUCUACAGCUCUGCUGAAGUGCCUUUAACAUGCUGUAUUAAUAAUUUAAUCUGCAGAAUAUUGUCAUAGCAGGGAAAAGACAGAGGGGAUUGCAUAUUAUUUCUUAAAGCAUAUUUUCUAUUGUAUUUAUAGGAACUCAGAUUCCCCACAGCAUCCUCACAGAUUGAUUAAUAUAAAUUAAAAAUAUACAUUAUAUCUACAGAAGCAGAGCUGUUAUAAAUAUUGGGCCCAAUCCUGCAGCUGUAAUGUGUAUGAUACCAAGGGCUGUAGGAUCAAGGCUAUGAUACAAUUUUUCAAUGUCAAUGAACACACUGAACAUUUAGUACCUCUGAAAACAUCACAAGUGGCACUAAUUCACAAUCUCAACUGACAGACUAAAGCUAUAGACUCAAUCCUUCAAUGCACAGAACUAUCAGUCAGAUUAAUAGGAAUAUGGGGUGUACAUGUUUGAUACCCUCCCUCCUUGUUAGGGGUUUAUUUUAACCUCAUAUAGAUAGUUGCAGUUUUUUGAGGUAUGAUUUCAUUUGCAGUAGAUAGUGUACUCACAAUGUGCUCAUUUCUCCUAAAUCUGCCAAAGAAAAAAGCCUUGAAGAUUUCUAAUGCACAAUCUGUCUUCUGUGAUAAAAAGUUACAGUAACUGUUGAAGGUAACAGAAAUAUUUCACAACUCUUCAGGCCCUAACUCCUUAUUUUUUUUAAUCUAUAUCAAAUCAAGAAUGUGCCAUACAGUUCUCACAUACUGAUCUUUCACUUAUUAAAAUGAUUUCAAACUACUUUUUCUGC